CGGAAGAGUAAAUCACGUACACGUUCGGUGUGCUUGUUUUAAGUUUAGUAAUCGAAAAAAAAAAAAUCAAAGGUUGUCUUUUGGAGGGCUAAUAUUGUGUAAAAGGACAUCGAGAAGACACUCUUUGUAGCCGACUUUUGAUGAUAUAAGAAUGUCGGGGAUGAUGUUCAACAGGUAUUCUGAGCCUAGGCAGGGAGGUCGAUCAGGCAAAUCUAAAGGAAAAUCCAAACAAGAACGUUUUCUUUCACGGAAGCGUUACCUGGAGAGCGAAGGCUUGAUAAUCGAGAAACAAAAUCAAAAACAACCUGAUAAGAUCCAACCGAAGAAGACAAAAAAGCCCAGAAAUGUUAAGUUCAAUGUAGGAGAGCGUUCAAAACCACGUGCUGUUUUUCCUAAAUUUACCUCUUAUCUGCCUAAUAACACCUAUGAGCCUUCUAGUUCUGCACAAGCGUAUUCCCGGACAUCCACAUAUUUAUUUCCAUCCAAUGGCAACAUAUCUCAGAGGGAUCUGGCACAAAGAAUGGCAGUUCCUCGCCCCCCUGGACCUAUAAAAUACCUGGCGCUGGAUUGUGAGAUGGUGGGAACAGGGCCGAAGGGGGCUCAGAGUGAACUGGCCCGCUGCAGUAUCGUCUCCUAUGAUGGUGAUGUAGUUUAUGAUAAAUAUGUCAAACCCAUCAAUCCAGUGACGGACUAUCGCACUCGCUGGAGUGGAAUCAGGAGGCAGGAUCUACUCCACGCCACCCCUUUUUAUCAUGCACAGAAAGAGAUUGUGAAGAUAAUAACAGGGAAGGUGGUUGUGGGGCAUGCUAUCCAUAAUGACUUCAAGGCCCUAAAAUAUUUCCACCCCGCUUGCCAAACACGGGACACUUCGAGGAUUCCGCUGCUAAACGAGAAAGCUGGACUUCCUGAAAAACAAUGUGUGUCUCUGAAGAAGCUCACCAAAGCUAUCUUAAAGAGAGACAUUCAGACAGGGUAUAGAGGCCACUCGUCAGUAGAAGAUGCCAAAGCCACCAUGGAACUGUACAAAGUGGUGGAGAGAAUGUGGGAGCAGAAACUGGCAUCUCUAAGUCUUUCGGCUAAAGCAAUGGAUCUAGCUAUGAAAAAGACAAGAUAAGACUUUAAAAGAUUUUCUUUUUUUGCUUCACACUUUUCUUUUGUCAGCUAAACUUCUCAACAAUGUUUUGGUUUAACUACCAUUAAGGGACUUUUCUGUUCCUGUGAAAAAGAACUCAAGUUAAAGGGUUAAUUCUCCCAUUAAUGUUUUACUCAGCCUUUCUGUUUUUCAGAACACAAAAGAAGAUAUUUUGAGGAAUGCUGUGAACUGGUAGGCAUUAACAUUUAUAGUACACUCUCAGAAAUAAAUGUACAGGAGCUGUCACUGGUGAAGUACCUUUUCAAAAUAUUACAUAUUUUUUUUUGAAGAGUCCACUGUGGUACCUAUAAAGUACCUUUGAGGUACCAUUAUGAACACUUCAGGUACAAUUAUGUAUCUUUUGAAAAGGAACUGCCCCAGUGACAGCUCCUGUACCUUUAUUUCUGAGAGUAUAGAAGAAAAUACUAUGGAAGUCAAUGGCUACUGGUUUCAAGCAUUUCAAGCUUAAAUACCUUUUUAUUUGUGUUUAACAGAAAAAAAAAAAGAAUUUCAGACCAGUUUGGAACAAAAUAAAUAAAUAAAUAAAUAAACUUGGGUAAACUAUGCCUUUUAACUUUUAACUUAAUCUCCAAAACAUGUUGCCAAUUGUUCGUACUGUUUCUGUUCAGAUUGUGCAAGUAAAAAAAAAUCUGUCCUCCUGGUUUUUCUCUGUCUUACUAAUGUCUGAAUCCGCAUUCGUCGUCUUCUGUGAAUUCAACACCACCACAUGAAUUACAGCUCCUCCUGUAUUUAACUGUCCAAAUGAACAGGGCCUCGACUGCCAUCCUCGAGAUUACAGUCAAAGCUCUUUUCCCUCCAAACCCACUCAAUCAUCAGUUGGUCUGUGUUUAAGAAUCCAGUCGCACCGCUUUGGUGGUGUUUGGGAAGCAGUCUGUGUGUCUUUGCCCACCAGUUUCCCAGCAGUUGAACAAGCAUUUGAUGGUGUGAUUUUACAGCCUUAUUUGGGAUUCUUUUUUGCAUAACCAUAAAAAUUCAAUGUAACGAACUGUAAAACACAGUUUAAUUCAAUUCAUAUUUAUUUCUAUAGUGCUUUUUACAAUGUAGAUUGUGUCAAAGGAGCUUAACUAGAUGAAGAAAAGAGAACAAAAAGCCAAUACAUUAUUUAAAAUUGUGGAACAUUCCAGCAAGUCAGGCAGACUAAGUGUAGUAGAAUUCUGGUGUAGUUCUAGUUAAAUUAAAAUGGCAUCAGUCCAGUUUAUUUUAAAUGUCACCAAAGUUCAGUUUAGUUUAAUUCAGAUUAGUGCAAUGCAAUUGUCACUGCUGAAGGCCGAUUUUCUGAAGAGCAAACCCACUGAUGUGGAGCUCCACCAACCCCAACCAAGCAACCCAGAGGUGACUGUGGCAAAGAACCAAAACUCGGCCAAUUGACAGAAAUAAAGAACAGACCUUGGGAGAAAUCAGACUCCGGCAGGGUGAUCAGUUCUCCUCUGACACAGCGAAUUGGGCAGAGCUGCAUUCUGUAUAUUGGAGGCUUGAGAAAGAUAAGCGUCCAUAAUGGAGAAAAUGCAGGUCCAAGUAUGUCUCCGGACAGUUGUUCAGACUUGCCGAAGAGAUCAAUGCAGAGACUCGUCUGCCACUGGGGUGUUUACGCUCUCAACCAAUUGAUGAACAUGACAAUCUGCUCUGGAUAUGGGCUGGACUGAAGAUUAUAUGAACUCCGGGAGAAACAGACCAAUAUGAGCGUAGAUUCAAUUCAAAUUACAAUGUCUUUUUGGAAAAGUUUUCCCAGCUCUGGUUGCUUUAUUGAUUGAUUAUUGCAGCCUUAUCCUUUUGGGAAUUUGGAUUUUUAAGUUAUGCAUUUGUGUUUUAUGUGUAUGCUAGUGUGCAAAGUGAUAUGUCUGUUUCCUGAACUGUGUUAAUAUUGGUGCUAAAUACAUAGCUAAAUAUUGGUGAUAUCAGUUCAAUAUUUGUAUUUUUGGUACGAAUAAGUGGAAAAUGUUGAUGUAUAUCACUGUUUUAAUCUAUUGAUUAUUUGCCUUUUCACUAUAGAGUCUCUUAUUCUGAAGCAUAAGGGUUUUGACAUUAUAGCACCAAAUUGGAUUUGAUCAAUAUUGAGAUUUUAAAUAAAAUCAUGUUAAAAAGAAA